UUAAAAAUAUUGAAGAUUGUAUAGACAAAUUGUAUGAAAUUAUAGUAAAAGCUGCUGAAAUUCCAAAAGGUCCGAGUGAAGAAACAUUACAAAGAAUUGAAAAACUUCAAGAAAAGGAGAAUCAGAAACGAAAAUUAGACAAACAAUUUAGAUCUCAGAAAAAAUCUGGACGUAAAUAUUCUGAUGAUUUAUAA